GCGACAGGGCCCCACCGUGACCUUCCAAAAUUCCAGAAUUUUCAACCCGCAAAAAUUCAAUUCUCACGACAAUUCAGUUUUUCCAGUUUGCACUUUCCAGAUGGUUAAAGAAGGAGCUAGAGAUUAGAACAACCCGAAAAACCAAACCCAGCAAAAAGCUCCACACGCCCAGCAGCCAUGGUGUCGUACGUGAGCGCGCUGCUGUACGGAGUGGGAGGCCUGGUGGUGGCCGGCAUGACAUUGCUCGUCGCUCUCCAGGAGCGCCUCGUCUACGUCCCCGUCUUGCCGGGUCUCACCAAGUCCUACCCGAUUACCCCCGCCCGCCUCCGCCUCACAUACGAGGACGUCUGGCUCCAGUCCUCCGACGGCGUUCGCCUCCACGCUUGGUUCAUCAAGCUCUUCCCUCUCUGCCGAGGUCCAACCCUAUUGUUUUUCCAAGAAAAUGCUGGAAAUAUUGCUCAUCGUCUUGAAAUGGUCCGCAUAAUGUUACAACAACUGCAAUGCAACGUGUUUAUGCUUUCAUAUCGAGGUUAUGGAGCAAGUGAAGGAUAUCCUUCUCAGCACGGGAUCAUAAAAGAUGCUCAGGUUGCAUUGGAUCACCUAUCGCAGAGGACUGACAUUGACACAUCUAGAAUAGUUGUCUUUGGAAGGUCACUUGGGGGUGCAGUUGGAACUGUGGUUGCUAAAAACAACCCUGAUAAGGUUGCUGCACUGAUACUGGAAAACACUUUCACAUCUAUUUUGGACUUGGUUGGAGUUUUAUUUCCUUUCUUGAAGUGGUUCAUUGGAGGCAGUGGUUCAAAAGGUCCUAAAGUACUCAAUUUUCUCGUACGUUCUCCUUGGAGUACAAUUGAUGUCAUUGGUGAGGUUAAGCAGCCAAUCCUCUUUCUUUCCGGCUUGCAAGAUGAGAUGAUUCCUCCAUCCCAUUUGCAAAUGCUGUAUGCCAAAGCAGCUGCCCAUAAUAAGCGGUGUGUUUUUGUGGAAUUUCCCACUGGCAUGCAUAUGGAUACUUGGCUUGCUGGUGGUGACGAGUAUUGGAGAACGGUCCAGGAGUUUCUUCAACAACAUGUUCCAGCGAAAAAAGAUGAUGGAUCCUCUCACAGUGAUAGCGAUGUUGAACGUUUUUACCAGCAAUGCGAUCCUGAAAAGGAGAAUCUUUGUUUGUAUGGAUUCCCGAAUGAAGAAUGGGAGGUUAAUCUACCUGCUGAAGAAGUUCCUCCAGAGCUCCCGGAACCUGCUCUGGGCAUCAACUUUGCCCGAGAUGGAAUGCAAGAAAGGGACUGGUUGUCUCUGGUAGCUGUGCACAGCGACGCGUGGUUGCUUUCAGUGGCUUUCUACUUUGGUGCCAGAUUUGGUUUUGACAAGACUGAAAGGAAACGUCUCUUCACUCUGAUGAAUGAUCUGCCAUCUAUCUUCGAGGUUGUGGCGGGCAUUGAAAAGAGACAGUCAAAGGAGAAGUCAUCAGUUUCAAAUAACAGCAUCCAUAGGCCUAAGUCAAGCUCUAAAGGGAGAGGCUCUGAAUCGGUCAAAUAUGCAAGAGCAAUGCCAAAAAAUGAGGACGGGGGUCUGGAUGGGGAAGGUGAUGAUGAUGAGCACGGCGAGACUGUCUGUGGUGCAUGUGGGGAGAGCUAUGCUGCUGAUGAAUUCUGGAUUUGCUGCGACAUAUGUGAGAAGUGGUUCCAUGGAAAAUGCGUGAAGAUAACCCCAGCCAGAGCUGAGCACAUCAAGCACUACAAGUGCCCGUCAUGCAGCAACAAGAGAGUCCGUCCUUGAAAUUACAACAGGGGGUUUGUGCGUCCGCCCCCCUUGUAAGUAGUUCAUGUUGGAUAGAGCUAAGCUAACAAUCGGCGUGUGAGCCAUGGUGGCAUAACCCUUCUACUUAGUACUUUGUUCUUCGUGAUCUUGUUACUUGGAUGAUGUUAAUGUCUCGUAAUUAGUAGGAUCUAUGAACGGCGAUGCUAUGACUGUUUUAUGCAGUUCUGUCAAAUGCUAAUGGCCCUAAAUUAGCCUGCCAAAUUUCAAAAUCUGAUAUCUGUUAUCUGA